AUGAUUCUUUUUACACUGAUUUCGCGUGUUGCCGAUAGCCUUCCAUUGGUGGCCUCGGUAAAAGAGGAUACUGAGCUAAGUCGGAACCUAGUGAGUUACCAGAAUCAAGCCAAAAUGUUAAUUCGGAGACUUGUGCCAUCUUCGCCGUCGCGUUGUUCUCUCGUUGCUGGGAUAUACUACUUCCACUACCUGUUUGAAGCCGGGGUCUGUUACUUAAUCCUAACAGAGGCGAACUUUCCGAGGCAAAAGGCUUUCGCUUUCCUCGAGGAGGUCCAUAAUCAGUUUAGUGGCCAAUAUUCAAAUGAUGUUUAUACCGUUUCGCGGCCGUAUGGCUUUAUUGAAUUCGAUCGUGAAUUGCAGAAACUUCAGCAGAAGUAUACGGACACCCGUGUUUCCACCAAUGUGUCUCAGUUAAAUGUUGCAUUACAAGAUGUCCAACGAAUCAUGAUUCAAAAUAUCGACGAUGUUCUCAAGCGCGGGGAAGCGCUAACAGCCCUAGAUGCCCAGGCAACCCAUCUCUCCGAUCUCUCACGAAACUAUCGAAAUAACGCCGCAUCGCUGAACCUUCAAAGCUCAGUCGCAAAGUACUUUAUCAUCUUCAUCGUUGCUAUAAUCAUCCUCUCAUUUUUGUAUUUCCGCUUCCUUUGGUGA